AUGACACGCGAAUACGGCCCUGCCACUUGGUUUUUGACCAUUAGUCCAAGUGAAUGGCUGUGGGACGACUUAUUCGAACAUCUUCGUGAGGUAAAUGAUAUUCCGGCCGAUGUAAAAGUUAAUCCGAUGGAACUCAUUGUCAACGACCCAAUAUCAACAUCACGAUUUAUGAAUAUUAAAUUCAAAGGCAUGCUAGAUUUUAUUACUUCAUCUGCUGAACCUCUGGGUAAAGUUGAACAUUAUUUUUGGCGUCUCGAAUAUCAAACAAGGGGUGCUCCACAUUUUCACUUAUUGCUUUGGGUUAAGGAUGCCCCGGUUAUUGGUAAGUCUUCACGCGAUGAGAUCAUUUCAUUUAUAAUGAAAUACGUCACAUGUAGGAUGCCUGAUAAAAAUGUUUCACCCGAAUUAUAUCGACGUGUUAACGCACAUCAGAAACACAUUCACAAUAGUUACUGUUUACGAAGUAAGAAAACAAAAACCGGAUUUUCUCGGCGUUGCAAAUUUGGUCAUCCACGUCCUUUAACCCAAACUUUUCAAUUGCGCGAUGUUGCUGUUUCUAUCGCUGGUAGAAAAAAACUUAAAUCGCGAAGUCGAUUGUACGACUUACCGCAUGGUAAAGCUGAAGCUAAUAUCAAUGAUUACAAUCCAGCCAUACUUUGUGCGUGGCAAGGGAAUAUGGAUAUCCAAUUUAUUGGUGAACAAUCCACUGUUUUAACGGCGUAUGUGACGAAAUAUGUUUCGAAACCGGAAAAGAGCAAUUUCCAAGAUCCAUUCGACAUUAUUAAUUCCUCGAAAUCUUUAGUGAGUUGUCUUUGGAAUUGGGCUAUGCGUUUAUUGAGUCAUCGCGAAUGUGGUGCGCUUGAAGCAGCCGAUAGUAUCCUUGGACAUUCGUUGUGGGGAACUGAUCCAAAAACCACUAUCAAAUGGUUUGACGUCAAUAUUAUUAGGAAGCGGAAGUUAAAAAGUCGUAAAGAUAUUGAAUCACUUGAUCCUGAAUCGACAGAUUUAUUCUACCCUCCAGUUAUCGACACAUAUUAUCCAAACCGACCUGCAGCAUUAGAAUCUAUGAAUCUUUUUGAUUUUGCCAGGUGGUACGAUGUCACCAAAAUAAAACCGAAAACAAUUUCCGAGGUUUAUGAAAUUGGUCCAUCGACAUUUUUGAAAAAAUGUUCCCGCGCAUGUCUUAUAAAUCAUUAUAUGUAUAACGUUAAAACUGAACCAGAACGUUACUAUCAUACAUUGCUUUUGUUAUUUAAAGCGUGGCGGGAUGUCGCUGAUCUUCGAAACAAUCAAGAUACCUAUGCUGAAGCAUUUUCAUCAAUGCAGAUUGAACUUGCUGAUGCACUAAGGUAUCACGAUAAAAUCGAAGAAAUUCAGCAAGCAAUACGAAUGCGUUCCCAUUGA